UUUGUCAGUAAAAAAGUCUCAGGUGAGUUCAGCAAGUGACUUCCAAGUUCCCAAGGUUCCCCCUCUCCUUAAGACCCAAAUCCAAAUUUUCUCCAAGUUCCGACUGGCCGACUUCCUUCCCGUUCAACCACUCAAACCUUAGCAACUGCGUCCUGCCAUCCUAUCUUUCGUAGCUUAAAAUUCCUAGCUCUUAAGCUUUUCUUCUCCUUCUCACCCCUUUGGUCUUUUCAUUCGUCUCGCCGUUAAAGUAUCAUAUCGUAUACGCUCGCUUUCUUCUUCCGCAAUAAAGUGGUAUUGAUCUAUAGCAUAUAUCCAAGAGGUGGAACGAUCAUGAGUGCUCUAUGUAACUUGGUCAAUUCGAUGAUCUGACCAAACGGAACAUAGAGCGACGCGCCUGAGCAAACCACCUCUGGAGGUUAUUUGGGAAUCCUGCGCAGUUACCGCCGUCACCUAUGUUUGCCCUCGAUAGCCCGACCAACAAGCUCGACUAUGUCGCCCGCAUCGUCAAGCUAUUCUCGAUAGAAAUCACAUUGUCGCCAUAAUCGUCAUAUCCGAAAAAUAUCUCUUUCCCGAUAUACAUGCACAAGUAUCAGCCGCGCGCAAAAUUCUCGGCCCCCUGCUUCAGCCUCGUGCGAAUUACACGCCGCCUGCUCCCUUCCGUUGCGCCGACCGACUUCCUCUCGUCUUCUUGGUCUUCUUGCGGCUGAGGUUCCAAUAUGGCUGCUAGCUCGGAAGACGUCAAGGCUAAAUACGCCGAUGGAAACAAAGGCAGCCAAUUCAACGAUUUCGUUUCACAACCGGUAGUCGCUGCUUUCUGCGCCGGUGGUGUCGCCGGUGCCGUAUCGCGGACAGUCGUAUCCCCUCUCGAGCGUCUAAAAAUUCUUUUUCAAGUACAAAGUGCUGGUCGCAAUGAAUAUAAACUAUCAGUAGGAAAGGCGCUUGCCAAGAUGUGGAGGGAAGAAGGCUGGAGAGGUUUUAUGGCUGGUAACGGAACCAAUUGUAUUCGUAUCGUCCCCUACUCUGCGGUGCAGUUCGGCAGCUAUAAUCUCUACAAGCGGCACUUCUUCGAGAAGUACCCCGGAGCCCCUUUGUCUCCUUUUGAGAGGCUUAUCUGCGGUGGCAUCGCGGGAAUCACCUCUGUCUUCUUCACGUACCCGCUUGACAUCGUGCGAACUCGACUAUCUAUUCAAUCGGCAUCAUUCGCGGCGCUCGGUCAUACAACGAAGGAGAAGCUACCAGGAAUGUGGACCACGAUGUCGGUGAUGUAUAAAGAAGAGGGCGGCGUACCGGCAUUAUAUCGUGGUAUAAUACCUACUGUUGCUGGAGUGGCUCCAUAUGUAGGAUUGAACUUCAUGACAUAUGAAUUCGUCCGUAAGGUUCUGACUCCCGAAGGCGAUCAGAACCCUAGCGCGGCACGAAAGCUCCUUGCUGGCGCCGUAUCUGGUGCUGUUGCCCAAACUUGCACAUAUCCAUUUGACGUACUGCGACGGAGAUUUCAAAUCAACACUAUGUCUGGCAUGGGCUAUAAAUAUAAAUCGAUAGGCGAUGCUGUCAGAGUGAUAAUAUCACAGGAAGGCCCGCGCGGGUUGUAUAAGGGCCUUAUCCCGAACCUACUCAAGGUUGCUCCUAGUAUGGCUGCUAAUUGGCUGAGUUUUGAAGUCACUAGAGAUUUUUUGGUUGGCCUGAAGCCAGAGCCGGUGGUCCUAUAGAUGGAAAGGAGCUGAAUUCUAGUUGGAUACCUUUAUUUUUCUAGACUACAUUCGGGCUGUACUUCACACUACGUUUUUAGAUAUGCACUAUGGUUGUGCAGGACUCCUGCCUACCUAGCUGGGUAGGUAGUGAGAAGUGGAAUGGCGUCGGUGCUCCUUGGUAACAGAUGCGACAUGCGGAACAGCGUAUCAAACAUUAAAAUAGGCAAGGGUACGAAGUAGAUAUAAACAUAUAGAGGAACAUGGAAAUCCAGGUUUAGCUAGCUGAGAUGGUAAAAUGGAUUGCGCAGAGUAACCUGAGCUAUAUUCAUGUCACAUAAGUACGGCUGGGAGUUUAUCGGCAUGAGCAGUCUGAGGUCGUCAUCCUAUUGGGGUAGCGUCGAGACAACGUUUUAUAUAGAAAAGUACAGCGAAUUUGAAAGAUUUUCAA